AUGCCAGGGCUGCUGCUCGGAGAAGUCUUUCCUGAUUUCGAGGCAGAAACCACCGUAGGGAGGAUUACAUUCCAUGAAUAUCUUGGUGAUUCAUGGGGAAUUCUGUUCUCCCAUCCUCAAGACUACACUCCAGUGUGCACCACCGAGCUGGGCCGGGCUGCCAGACUGAGCAAUGAGUUCAGCAAACGCAACGUCAAAAUGAUGGCCAUAUCCCUUGACAGCUUGGAAGACCACUAUGGCUGGAGCAAGGACAUCCUUGCUUACAACUGUGACGAGUCUGGGAACUGCUUGCUACCUUUUCCAAUCAUCGCAGACAGGAAGAGGGAGCUGGCAGUCACCCUGGGCAUGCUGGACCCUGAUGAAAAGGAUAAAGAUGGCCUCCCUCUCACUGCUCGCUGUGUGUUUAUUAUAGGUCCUGACAAAAGGCUAAAACUGUCCCUACUGUACCCAGCCACAACUGGACGCAAUUUUGAUGAGAUUUUGCGAGUGGUUGACUCCCUGCAGCUCACAGCUGGGAUCCGAGUGGCCACACCCGCUGACUGGAAGCCUGGAGUCUGUGUGAUGGUGCCUCCCAGUAUACCUGAAGAGGAGGCUGCCUCCAUGUUCCCAGCUGGCGUCUACACCAAAGAACUGCCCUCUGGCAAGAAGUAUCUACGCUACACACCGCAACCUGAAGCCAAGUCCGAGCAGGAGGAUACGAAACACUCUCAGGCUGAAAAUCCUAAAUCCAACCCGUCUCAGUCCUAA